AUCAGUUUUAUUGAAGAAUUGGAUAAAUUCGAUAAUGGUGUAGUCACUUGUGUAAAGAAUAUAACUUUAUAAACUUAAAUUAUUAAAUAAAUUAAUUGCUAAAGCUCAAGAAAAUAACUGUUAUAAUGAAUUAAAAGUUACAGGUAUAUAGAAGAUGGCGCAAAGUUCACAUGGAGGAAGUCAUCGGCGCAGUCGUGACCAUGACGGGAGUUCAAUUCGAUACACAAACACAGAUUGGGAAGCAAAAGAAGCACUAUACCAGCGAGAGUUGGAUGAGGCACGGGCGCGGGCAACGCAGAUGGAGAAAACAAUGCGCUGGUGGUCGGAUUGCACUUCAAAUUGGAGGGAAAAAUGGAGUAAGGUACGUAACGAACGCAAUAAAGCUAGGGAUGAAGCCAAACAGUUUAAAAAUAAAAUUGACGUCAUGUCCAAAGAACUAGCAGCACUACGAACUGAAAAAGCUGAUCUCGAACAGCAGUUAAUAGAACUGAAACAAGACAAUGAAAAACUUCUGACUAUAGGUGAGAGUAGGAUAGUAGCUGGUGACUUCAACGCUGAGGACGGAGUCGAACUCAGAAGAAAAAAUGUCGGGUACGUAUCGCCUAACGAACCACCCACGCGACAGAGAGCGUCAUUAGAUUCCCACAAAUUUUCAAACGUAGAUAAUGCUCUUGCAAAUAAGUUAAGCGAAAUGAGACUACGAUUGGAUGAAACGUCCAAAAGUUUACAAUGUGAAAAAGAUCAGAAAGCAUUCCUUCUAGCGAAAAUCGAAACUCUAACGGCCGAGUUACAUAACACCAAAAUGGAACUGACACACAACGAUCGGACGUUGGGCUCGGAUUCUAGUCAUAGCGAAGUUGAAAAGUUGCAAAACGAAUUACAAGACGAAAUAGCAGCGAAGCAAGUCUUAGAAGAAAAAAUAGCAGAGUACAAAAUGGAAGUCGAAAGGCUCAAAUCAGAGAACAAUAUCCAGUGGAGCAAACGGGAACUGUUAGAAACCGAAAGCAUAGCGAUAUUGCGGGAGAAUAAGAAAUUAUACAGUCAAGUUUGCGAACUCAGAGAGCAAAUACACAAAUUGAAUAGAAUAUCCGAUGGAAGCGCUUACGGGAUACCCUUCACUGAUCAUAAUAAUAGAUUGGACUCAAACGUCCUGUACGUUAGGAAGACCAGCGUCAGUCCACGUUCUCACGAAUCCAGCAACGGAUCGUCGGAAGCAAAUUUAGCACAUUACGACACAAAAACGAAUACAUCAGGCGAAGACGACGAAUUAGCAAUAGUUGAAAGAAGCGAAAAUGUUUAAAACUUACCAUCUAGCGAAUUAAUUCAUUGGGAAGACAUAAUCGAAUAUUCUCUAAAAAUUUGACGCUGUCAUACAUACAUAAAUAUUAUAUUUAAAAAAAGAAGUAAAAUCUAAUAAAAAGUUCGAAUUAGAAACCAAAUUAAUAUCUAAAUAUAAUACGUAAUAAGUGUGAAAUGUGAAUAGUCAUUAGUGCCUGGCUAAUAAUAUCAUCCAGUACAAAUUUAAAUUGUAACACUAACAUGAAAGAAAUUUCAUGUAAAACUCGAAUUUAAAAAUAGCGGAUUUUUUUUAAAGGUUCGCCACUACAUUCCGACGAUUUUAAAGCAUUUAAAAAAUUAUAUCGUGUUAUGCAUUUUUACAUUGAUUAAAAUAUGUUAUCUGUUACAUUAAAAUUCUUACAUACGAAUCCAUAAAACUGGCCUACAAUUUUGUAUAUCUUUUGUAAGUUAGAUAGCAUUGUAAUUUGUAGCUUGGUCUCAGAACAAAUACACAUUAUUAUUAGGGAAUUGUAAGCUUAUUUUAAUGGGUAAUCUAGUCUAGUAUUUAUUACAUACAAUAACUAUAUAACCUAUCCAAUCAACUGCAACUGUCAUUACUUAUUUAAACAUAGAAUACAAACACGUGGCGCCCUCAUCGCUAUUACACUGAUCUGUUUCAGGCAAACUUAAGGCUGAGCAAAGGAAUUUUUUUUUUUUUUUUUUAAUUAUAAGCUUACAAUAGCCUAAUAAUAUAUAUAUAUGUUAUGAAUUUGUUAGAGGUUGUUAACAAUUGUGAUAGUUUAGUUUAAAUAAUAUUAGCUAUAGACGUAGGACAGCAUUUAUAAUGAUCAAUAAGAUAUUAAUAUCCAAUAUAUUUCAUGAUUCAAUGCUGUUUAGUUUUACAUACAAUACCAUGGUAAGGAUUUUUUUUUUAUGUCAAGCUUACCUUAAAAAUGUAUUGUCAACGAACUGAACUAAGAAGUAAAAUGUCAUUUCUAUGAGAAAAGAGGUAUUAGUUCUAGUUUAACUCGCAAGAAUUUUCAAACAUUAAAAGUUAAUAAAAAAUAUACGAUUGCAAUUAAUACCCGAAUAUAAUAUAUUGAUUUUAAACAGCCGAAAGUUUAAAAUGGAACCGUAAAGGGUAUUUUUUCUGUUUUUCUUAAACCGAAAUAUAUUUUUUAUAUUAUAGUGUAAGUAAGGCCUAACGCAAACGAAAAAUUACAUAGUUAGUGUAUUAUUGUAUCUAUAUUUUUAAUUAAGUGACUAUUUAUUUUGCUGUCUUGCCUGAUUAUUUUAAGUGUUUUUUUUUUUGAGAAAAUAACUUCAAAUAUAAACAAAAUCUAAGACAUAUUUCUUAAUAACAAUAUAAUUUUAGCUUCCUGUAUUACAUGUGCAAUAUUUAAAGUUAUUUUCUUGACAAUAAUAUAUAAUUGUACAAUUCAAUCGAAUAUUGAUCGAGCUGUUUUU